AUGUUGCAACACAAACCUGCGAAAAGAGCGACCACACUGAAGGCAGGAGGUGGACAGUCGUCUGCUGUCCAAGUUCGCCAGGUGGUCAAGGACUUCAGCCCAGUUAUUGCCCAACACCUGGAGAAGGUCUUCAACGAUCUUGUUUCCACGAACCAGAAACUAGGACCUGACGGACCGCCAUUGACCUCGUUUGAUGAAUUCGUAUCUUGGUUCCUCUCCCCAGCUUCAGCUGCCCUUGCGCCCCCAAUUGACCGCGACCUCUCUUUUCCGUUGUGCAACUACUACAUAUCCUCCUCCCACAAUACCUAUCUAAGCGGGAACCAGCUCUAUGGCUCAGCAACCACAGAAGCAUAUACCAACGUCUUGCUGAGAGAUUGUCGGUGUUUGGAGAUUGACGUCUGGAAUGGCGAGGAUGAAGCCUCGAGCGUCAGCAGCUCAGAUGUCGAGGAUGCUGAACGAGAAAGUUCGUCUGUGCCGAGAAGCAAACGGGCAGUUUCAAGAUUGAAGAGUAUCCGUGAGAAAGCAAAGGACAAAUUGCAGAGGAGAUCGAGCUCCAAGUCUCCCUCGAAGCGGCCUAGAGAAUAUACAGAACUCGAUCAACAGACCGAGGAAGUCACUGACAAAGUAUCAGCUAUGGACAUUGCACAAAGAAGGGCAGCGCUGAAGACAGAGCCGCGUGUAUAUCAUGGCUACACACUGACAAAAGACAUCCCUUUCCGAGAAGUGUGCAUGGCCAUCAGGGAGUCGGCUUUCAAGGCUUCUAGUCUACCAGUGAUCGUAUCUCUGGAGGUGCACUGCAACAUCGACCAACAACAUGUUAUGGUCGAUAUCAUUGAAGAGGAAUGGAAGGGUUAUCUGGUCGACACAACGGGUCAAUCCUACAAUGACAUUCAAAAACUUCCAAGCCCAGAUUCUCUACGCAACAAAAUUCUGAUCAAGGUCAAGUGGACACCCACCUCAAGCUCAGAGACAAAUGAUCCUCUAGAGAUGACAGAGACGAGAGCGACUGAUCAGUCAGACGGCACUGUCGCUUCUACGUCUUCCCAAGGUCAGCAAAAGGCUGCUAAAAUGUUGGAAAAAUUAUCGAAGCUUGGGGUGUAUACCAGGGCCUACUCCUUCAAGACUUUUUCCCAGCCUGAAGCAGAGAUUCCGACUCAUGUCUUCAGCCUGGAUGAGAACAAAUUGGGCAACCUACACAGCCAUCCGGAGCAUGGCCAUGUCAUGUUCGAUCACAAUCGAAAUUAUCUCGUCCGAAUCUACCCUUCCGGUAUCCGCGUCAACAGUAGCAACAUAGACCCUGCUUUCAGCUGGCGCCAAGGAGCCCAGAUAGUAGCAUUGAAUUGGCAGAGUCUUGACAGAGGCAUGAUGCUCAACGAAGGCAUGUUUGCCGGCGAAGAAGGCUACGUUCUAAAACCAGAAGGCUUCCGCUCAGACUCCGUCGCAAGCCGGAUACACCCCGUCAGACAACACCUAAACCUCUGCAUUCGCCUAAUAGCCGGCCAAAACAUCCCCCUCCCACCAGACAAAGAACCCAGCCACGCCGAUCACCUAAAACCUUACAUCACCUGCCAGCUCCACGUCGACACCCACGGCCCACCCGGUCAAGGCAAAACAGAUCUCGACGACGACAAAGUCAGCGCGACCUCAAAAUACAGCCUUGGCAAGACGCAACAACAAUCAGCAGGCGAAGAGCGCGAAGAAGAAGAACUGAAACUGAAACGAAAGAGCCGCACCGCGAAGACUGCGAAUCCUGAUUUUGCAGAUGCGAAGCUUAGUUGGAACGGAGUGCCGGAUGUGGUUGAGCAGUUGAGCUUUGUUCGUGUCAAGGUCAAGGAUGAUCGUAUGAUGGGGCGGGAUGAGCUGGUUGCGUGGACGUGUAUCAGGCUGGAUCGGCUGAAGACUGGGUAUAGGUUUUUGCAUUUGUUGGAUGCGGAGGGAGAACCUACGGAGGGUGUUUUGUUGGUGCAUAUUGAGAAGGAACUACUAUAA